GUCGCCGCGUCUCCUGCCUCCCUCAGUAGCGAAGGUAACUCCGUGCGUAAAGCUCCUGGACACCAGACGGACACCGUACAGUUUCAACCUCUGCUUCACUUCUCUGAAGACCGAAACGGAGGAAAAUCUUUCCUUGAAACAGCCGGGAAACAGUUAAUGAUUUACAGCAGUUUGGUUUGGUUUUUAUUUGUAUGUAUUUUUUGGCUUUCAUCAGUGCAGCCUGUACUAAUGUCACGCACCCGAGCCGCUGCGCCGACUCGGUUUAAUUAUAAAGAGUAAACAAUGUGCACAGCAAAUGAAGGAUACCGUCGGAGCUAACUGUGGAUGCUCUUGGAUUUAACAGCCGGUGCCUGUAAAAACAAAGAUUCAGUCAAACUUAUGGCGUGAAGGGCCCGAUCUUGGCCUUCGUCACUCACAGCUAAUGGAUGUCUUUACCCAGUAUGCCUACAAUGACAGUUUCAAUGACAACGGAACAUGGAGCUUCAACGAAACAGUCCAAGAGCAGAAGCACCCUUACAACUACUACGCCAUGCUGCUCACUCUGCUCAUCUUCGUCAUCGUCUUCGGCAACGUGCUGGUGUGCAUGGCUGUGUCCAGGGAGAAGGCCCUGCAGACCACCACCAACUACCUGAUCGUCAGCCUGGCUGUCGCAGACCUUCUGGUGGCCACGCUGGUUAUGCCCUGGGUCGUGUACUUAGAGGUAGUGGGAGAGUGGCGCUUCAGCAAGAUCCACUGUGACAUCUUUGUCACUCUGGAUGUGAUGAUGUGUACGGCCAGCAUCCUCAAUCUCUGUGCCAUCAGCAUUGAUCGUUACACAGCAGUUGCAAUGCCAAUGCUGUACAAUACUCGCUACAGUUCCAGGAGACGGGUCACGGUAAUGAUCUCGGUGGUGUGGGUACUGUCCUUCGCCAUAUCAUGCCCCCUAUUGUUUGGCCUAAAUAACACAGCUACUCGCGAUGAGUCUCUCUGUGUGAUCGCCAACCCGGCCUUCGUGGUGUACUCUUCCAUCGUGUCCUUCUAUGUUCCCUUCAUCAUCACUCUGCUGGUUUAUGUGCAAAUUUAUGUGGUCCUGAGGAAACGCCGAAAACGUGUAAACACCAAACCGAAGCAGCGUGUCUGCCAGCCUGCCGACCCCGAUCUGGCCACUUCACUGAGGGAUAAGUGCACUCAUCCAGAGGAUGUGAGGUUGUGCACCAUGAUUGUUAAAACUAAUGGGAGUUUUCCUGUCAACAAGAAGAAAGUGAUAUUCAUCAAAGAUGUAGUCAAUGAGGGGGAAGAUCUGGAGCUGGAUGAGCUGAACAACAGCGGCAGCAGCCAGAGACAGAAGCAGCAGCCGCAGCAUGCUCUUGGAGACACUCCGGCCACAAGCAACCAGCAACUGAUGCUCAACAAGGCCGACGCCAGCCCCACCUCCACACCUCCCACGCCCCCCGAGGAGGGCCAGAAAGCAGAAAAGAACGGAGAUCCUACCAAGGAGGCCCUGGGGGAUCCAGCACCUGUUGUGGCUAAAGCCUUCCAGACACAGGCCUUACCUAACGGCAAGACUCAGAGCUCUGUGAAAACCCUGAGCAAGAGGAAGAUCUCCCAGCAAAAAGAGAAGAAGGCCACUCAGAUGUUAGCUAUCGUCCUUGGUGUAUUCAUCAUAUGCUGGCUGCCGUUUUUCAUUACGCACAUCUUGAACACCCACUGCACAAAAUGCAAGGUUCCCGCUGAGAUGUAUAAUGCGUUCACGUGGCUGGGCUACGUGAAUAGUGCUGUAAAUCCCAUCAUAUACACCACUUUUAAUGUCGAGUUCAGAAAGGCGUUCAUUAAGAUCCUGCACUGCUAAACUGCAGCAUCACUCAUCUGAUCAGACUGAGGGAAGAGCGAUACAUAAAAGCAUCUCUUCUGGCAAAUACCUCAUCCUGUUAAGGAAAACGCACCACAGGGGGAAACUGCGAUCUGCUUUUUAAAGUUAUGGAGCUGAGUGACUAUGAAACUGGCAGUGUCUUAUCGGAAGGCAUGUUGGCUCUAUAUGUGAAUUGUUCGUGGAGUCCCGUUCUCCAGAUCACUGAAUGUAAAACAAGAAAUGUCUGUAACAAUGACCUGUUUCAUGGAGAAAAGAAAAAUGUAACAUUGUUCUCUUAAAUCAUUGUACUUGUCAUGUAAGGAGCCAUCUGUGUAUACCACACACAUACAGGUUGCAAACUGCUAUUUAUUGUGUGUGUACUUUACGUUUUGAUGACAGAAAAUUUCUGCAAAUCUUAUAGAUAUCGAGUCAGUGUUCAUUGCAGUGUUAAAACUGAUACGUGAGCUCUUAAUCUUAAAACCUAUCACUGAUUGGAAUGUGUGAUACAGACAAGAGACAAUUUACUUGCUGUAUAAUGUGGCUAUGCCAAUAUCCACAUAUUUGCAAUUUUAUAAAUUGAAAAAUCCUAUUAUUAUUAUUAUUAUUAUUAUUAUUAUCAUUAUUACUAUCAUUAUUUGCUGUACAUAGUUUUUCUUAAAACUUUAACUGUGAUUUUAUGCCUGCAAUGGAAAUGUGAUGCAUGCUACACUGCUCCUCUACUUGACUUCUCAUGAAAUGUAUGUUUAACAAAAAAAAGUUGUCCAAUAAAUGAAGUUAUGAGACACUGUAAAGUGCCACAUGAAUAUCAGUGUUUGCCGUGUGUACACAGAUACACCCAUAAAUGACUUGACAUUACUCAGCGGCCUCUUAUUCCCAGGACUGGUUUGCAGUUUGAGUAAUGGUGUUUACUGGAAGUAACUCUGCUGCAGUGGAGUUGUUCCGUGGCAAACUAAUGACCUGUAUGUGGACUUUGCGGCUUCCAGGUAUAAUCAUGUGGAUGUGUGCAACCCCAGAAGCAGCUCCCCGGGGCCUUUUGCUGAGUAAGAAUGAGGCGAACUUGGCGAAACUGAAAUAAUAGAUACAGCAAUACAUCUCUGUGUGUUGUUCUGGGCAGCAACUCCUGCGUUUCAUUUCAGUUCAACAAUAAAGACAUUGUUAUCAACAAAAAAGAUAUGUUAAUGUUUUGAUGAGUAUCAGCCAGAGAGUACUGUAGCUUAGUGUAAUCACAACAAUCUGUAAUUGUCAGGCGCUAUAUUCGAAUAGACAAAAAAAUAAAGUCUGCAGAAAGUGUUUUGGUUUUUUUAUUUUUUAUGAUGGAAUAUCUGUGGGAGUCAGUGUGUGAAACACAUGCACAUUUCUUCUUGUACAGGUGCCUGGUCUAAAUAUUGUUUAGUGAUUCCUGACUUUAACUUUAUUAUAUCAACAAAAAGUAAAACAUCGCAAACAGAGGUAUCGAACUGACUCAGGUGUGUGUCAUUGAAUAAAUAGUCUCAGUCCCUCCCAUGGGGCGUGUGACGCACACUUAAAUAGUAACAAAAGACAAUCAAGUGGUAAGCUCCACCUUGAUUGCUCAUACUGUCCAGACUGCUCUUCACUGAACUGAUAUUUGUGUAUGAAUUUUGUCCUUUGAUUGCUCUUUUACUGGUUUUCUUUGUCAUUUAUUUUUGUAUUUCUUUGACCUGAUUUCUUGAUGAUGUAUUGUAAUGGUUGCUUUUUGAUAAAUGAGUUGGUUUGGGGGCUGUGGCCACGUGUAAGUGACUGAGACUGUUUACGCAAUACAAUGGUUUGUAUGAUAAAGAUCUAAGAAAUUAUGUCUUACUUAACGCACAGUUAUAAGGUUAGGUUUAGGAAAAGAAACAACUUAAAACAACAAAGUUCACUUGGUUUCCCACAGUUUUGAACGCCGAUGUCCUGAGGGAACGUCCUGUGUUUUGAUCCAUCACCACCCCAACUUGCCUCCUCACACGGACCACUUCCUUCUUCCCUCUGUCAGCACAUCGGUUGUGUGAACCCAGCCUUCACAAGAACGUGGCUUAUACACAAAUCAUUGAUUCAUUAUAACAAGAGUUGUGGUUCAUUACUUAUCGUAGGUAUAUGUACAAACACUGCAUGAGAACAGCCUGAUUUCUUCAACCAGAAUCAGAAAUACAUAAUUGAUCCCCAAGGGGAAAUUGUGAUUCAUAACAGUGGCUCUGAUGCAAAGAAUAGAGAACUGUGAUAAGUAAAUUCAGUAAAACAGAAAUGAAAAUGUGCAUUAAGCUACAAUGUUAAGCACUUAAGAUAGUAGGAAUAAAAUAUACAUCUUCACUGUGCACAGUCUGUAAGUGUGUAAAAUAUACAGAUGUGUGUUGUGUUACAUUACACCGAAUUAACUAGUUUUGCAUUCAGAAUGUGACACACUCUGGGUCAGUUUGAUACCACUGUGUCUGACGAAGACGCAAUUUGAGGCUCAGAACAUUUCU